AUGGCUACUUCAUACUCACGAUCGGACGACAUUGUAUACCCCACCCACAUGAUAGAUAAUGUGUCUGUCCUGAAGUUCCUUGUCAUGGCGUGGACUAUGCGCUUCGACGAUGUCUUGAACGCCGACAAGCUUCACAAAUCGCUAGCGGAAUUAUUUACCGUUGGUGAUUGGAAGAAACUUGGUGGAAGAUUGAAAUACGGGCAUAACAAGCGAGGAGCUCUCGAGGUUCAUGUUCCCACUACGUAUACAAACGAACGGCCCGCCGUGUCUUACUCACACCAGCAUUACGAUAUCAGCAUCGAAGAGCAUAAGGUCGCAAACCUCCUACCAAAAUCGACUAGUCGACCGUCGACCUUUCCAGGAGCCUCGGGGCCUCGGGAUUUUGGUAUACCUCCCGGCGCACCUACAUCGCUGAAGAAUUAUACCAGUCGGGAUGUCGCAAUGAUAGGUCUUCACAUUAUGACAUUCCAAGAUGCAACAAUUGUCACUAUCACGUGGCCACACGUCCUGUUUGAUGCAGUUGGAUUCUCUCACUUGAUCGAAGCUUGGUCAGCAGUACUCGCUGGCCAUAAAGACCGUGUACCAAAGGUCAUUGGCGCAAAGCAAGAUGUUCUGUACGAUCUCGGCGAUAUAGCCCAAUCUGUACCUCAGUAUGCACCUAGUGAGGCUCGAAUUCUUUCUGGUAUAGCGUUCAUGAUGUUCGUCAUCCGGAUGCUCUGGAUCAUAUUGACUCAGCCGACCGUGGAAAGCCGCAUCAUCUGCCUGCCGAAAGACGUGGUAGACAGGCUACAUCAGCGAGCGCUGAAGGAUACCAAGGAGAACAACAACGAUCUAGACGGGCCAUGGGUCAGUCCGAGUGAUGCCAUCUUGGCAUGGCUUACCCGCGCCCUAGUCGAUCCAUCCAAAGCACCCAGUCCCAUCAGCAUGACAACUCCAAUCGACGCACGAACCCGACUACCUCAACUUCAUAAUGCGGACGGUGUCUACGUUCAGAACAUGAUUCUAGGGUCUUUCGUCAACAUCACACUAGACGAUCUUCGCAAGCCAUUGGGAAAGCAGGCACUCGUGAGCCGCCGAGGCUUGUUAACAACUGGAUGA